UAGAAUCUGCUGUUGGCUGUGCUCUCUAUGGAGCUUUGUGUUUCUAGCUGUUCUCUGACAAAGAGCUUGUUCUGUGCUGCACAUCUCGUCCUCUUUGUUCAGCCUCUGGCUUCAACCACUGAAUCACAAAUAUUCUCCAGCUGGGAACCAGACAAGGGCAGAAAUGAAGAAUCCAGAAGCCCAACAGGAUGUUUCAGUUUCCCAGGGAGUCCGCAUGAUAUUUUACAUGAUGAAGCCCAAUGAAACUUCAUUCCAAACUUUAGAAGAGGUGCCUGAUUAUGUAAAAAAGGCAACUCCAUUUUUCAUUUCCUUGAUGCUGCUUGAACUAGUUGUCAGCUGGAUUUGCAAAGGGAAGCCACCAGGUCGUUUGGAUGAUGCUUUAACAUCAAUAUCAGCUGGUGUUCUGUCUCGGCUUCCAAGUCUGUUUUUCAGGAGCAUUGAACUGACCACUUACAUUUAUAUCUGGGAGAACUACAGGCUCUUCAAUUUGCCUUGGGAUUCGCCGUGGACUUGGUAUUUGACCUUCUUAGGAGUUGACUUUGGUUACUACUGGUUCCAUCGCAUGGCCCACGAGGUUAAUAUUAUGUGGGCUGGACACCAAACACACCACAGUUCUGAAGACUAUAACUUAUCCACAGCGCUGAGACAAUCUGUCUUGCAGAUAUAUACUUCCUGGAUUUUCUACACUCCCCUGGCCCUCUUCAUACCACCUUCAGUAUAUGCUGUUCAUCUUCAGUUCAAUCUUCUCUACCAAUUUUGGAUCCAUACAGAGGUCAUCACUAACCUUGGUUUUUUGGAACUGAUUCUUAAUACUCCUAGCCAUCACAGGGUUCAUCAUGGCAGAAAUCGUUAUUGCAUAGACAAAAAUUAUGCUGGCGUUCUUAUUAUUUGGGAUAGAAUUUUUGGGACAUUUGAAGCAGAGAAUGAAAAAGUUGUAUAUGGUCUAACACAUCCCAUUAAUACAUUUGAACCAAUCAAGGUGCAGUUCCACCAUUUAUUUUACAUAUGGACUACAUUCUGGGCAACACCUGGAUGCUUUCAUAAGUUUUCUGUUAUAUUUAAAGGACCAGGAUGGGGUCCAGGUAAACCAAGACUUGGACUGAGUGAAGAAAUCCCACAGGUCACCGGGAAAGAAGUUCCCUUCUCAUCAUCUGCAUCUCAACUAUUAAAAAUGUACACGGUUGUACAGUUUGCUCUGAUGCUAGCAUUUUAUGAAGAGACCUUUGCAAAUACAGCUGCACUGUCACAAGUGACUCUCCUUUUGAGGGUUUGCUUCAUUAUCCUGACCUUGACUUCCAUUGGAUUUCUUCUGGAUCAAAGACUCAAGGCAGCUCUUAUGGAAACUCUCCGUUGCUUGGUGUUCUUAACGCUAUAUAGAUUCGGUCACCUGAAGCCUCUUGUCCCUUCCUUGUCAUUUGCCUUUGAGGUAUUUUUUUCCAUUUGCAUUGCUUUCUGGGGAGUUAGAAGCAUGAAACAACUUAUUUCUGGCCCUUGGAAAUAGCCUAAGUUUGUACACAACUCUCUUAUUUUAAUUAGUUAUCUACAAGCACAAUAUAUUAUUAGUGUACAUGGCAAUAUAAUUAUCUUAUAUAAUGCUUAUAUGGAUGAUUCUUUAAUGAAAGGUAAAUAUACUUAUUUACUCUUGUUUGCCUUCAACAUUUAUUUCUUAGUAUAAUUAAAGUCAGUUUCUAUCACUUUCCUUUAUUGCUACAGUUGAAAAACAAACAAUUUCAAAUAUAACCGUGACAUAUUUCCUGGUAGCAUCUGAGACAAUAAGAUGAAGGAAGAAAACUUAAAAACAGUAAAAAAGAUUGAAUGUUGCUUUUGCAUUGAUUUAGCAAUGUUUCUUUUGAUGUUUGUCAAAACUGGGCCUAGAUAAAUAUCUGCAGUAAUAAACCAGUGUUACAUUGGUUGUCUGCCUAACACCACUUUUACCCUUGCAUGCCACGUAACCUAAAGAGCUAAUUACAGAAAAAGACAUCACUGAAAUGAAAAUAAAUAGAAUGUGUCAGAACUAGUUUGUUCAACAGGUUGAUUUGUGAUACAUAUCUCUAAUAUAUUUGGUCAAUUAAUUUGGCAGAUUGAGGAACAUGCAAUAAUUCUGUGUUAUUUAAAAUUGUCACAAUGAUGUUAAUAAAACUCUCUAAAUAA